UGGAAGGGAAAAGCAAUUGAAAGUACAUGGAAGUUUUGUAGUAAGCCUGCUAGAAGUGAGAGGGAAGGCUUCUAUGCUCCUGUUAUCUGCUUUGGUCAGAAAAAAUAGGUGAGUGUUUUGACCACCUUGGAGCGACGAUUCAACCUUCAAAGUGCCGAUGUGGGCGUGAUCGCCAGCAGCUUUGAGAUUGGGAACCUGGCCCUCAUUCUCUUUGUGAGCUACUUUGGAGCCCGGGGACACAGGCCACGGUUGAUAGGGUGCGGAGGGAUCGUCAUGGCCCUGGGUGCCCUCCUGUCUGCACUGCCUGAGUUUCUGACCCACCAGUACGAAUAUGAAUCAGGGGAAAUACGGUGGGGGGCUGAAGGGAGGGAUGUGUGUGCUGCCAACGGGUCCACCAGCAACGAGGGACCAGACCCGGAUCUUAUCUGCAGGAAUAGGACUGCCACCAACAUGAUGUACUUGCUUCUCAUUGGAGCACAGGUCCUCCUAGGCAUUGGUGCUACUCCUGUACAGCCUCUAGGAGUUUCCUACAUCGAUGACCAUGUGAGACGGAAAGAUUCCUCCCUAUACAUAGGGAUCUUGUUUACGAUGCUGGUAUUCGGACCAGCCUGUGGAUUUAUCUUGGGCUCCUUCUGUACCAAAAUCUACGUGGAUGCUGUCUUCAUCGACACAAGUAAGGAGAAUUACAGUAAGCUGGACAUCACUCCCGACGACCCUCGGUGGAUCGGCGCAUGGUGGGGAGGCUUCCUGCUCUGUGGUGCCUUACUUUUCUUCUCGUCCCUCUUCAUGUUUGGAUUCCCGCAGUCCCUGUCCCCCCGGCCAGAGCAUACGGUAGAAAGCGAGCAAGCCAUGCUUCCCGAACAAGAAUACGAGAGGCCUAAGCCAAGCAAUGGAGUCCUGCGGCACCCGCUGGAGCCGGACGACAGCACAACUUGCUUCCAGCAGCUGAGAGUGAUCCCCAAGGUAACAAAGCACUUACUUUCCAACCCUGUCUUCACCUGCAUCGUCCUGGCUGCCUGCAUGGAGAUUGCUGUGGUCGCUGGUUUUGCUGCCUUCCUGGGGAAAUACCUAGAGCAGCAGUUCAACCUCACCACUUCAUCAGCUAAUCAGCUCUUAGGCAUGACGGCAAUCCCAUGUGCAUGUCUGGGCAUAUUCCUGGGCGGUCUCCUGGUGAAGAAGCUCAGCCUGUCUGCACUCGGAGCCAUCAGGAUGGCCAUGCUAGUUAACCUGGUGUCCACAGCUUGUUACGUCUCGUUCCUCUUCCUGGGCUGUGACACAGGUCCUGUUGCUGGGGUUACUGUUCCCUAUGGAAACAACGCAACUCCGACCUCACCUUUGGACCCAUAUUCCCCCUGCAAUAACAACUGUGAAUGCCAAACCGAUUCCUUCACUCCAGUCUGUGGGGCAGACGGGAUCACGUACUUAUCCGCCUGCUUUGCUGGCUGCAACAGCACGAAUCUCACUGGCUGCGCAUGCCUCAGCUUGGUCCCAGCCGAGAACGCUACAGUCGUGCCCGGAAAAUGCCCCAGCCCUGGUUGCCAAGAAGCCUUCCUGACAUUCCUCUGCGUGAUGUGUGUUUGCAGCAUGAUUGGAGCCAUGGCACAGACACCGUCGGUUAUCAUACUGAUCAGAACCGUGAGCCCUGAACUGAAAUCCUAUGCUUUGGGGGUGCUCUUCCUGCUUCUCCGUCUGCUAGGUUUUAUCCCACCUCCCUUGAUCUUUGGGGCUGGAAUUGACUCAACAUGUCUGUUCUGGAGCACAUUUUGUGGCGAGCAAGGAGCUUGUGCACUGUAUGACAACGUUGUCUAUAGAUACCUGUAUGUUAGCAUUGCGAUAGCGCUGAAAUCUUUCGCAUUCAUCUUAUAUACAACCACCUGGCAGUGCUUGAGGAAAAACUAUAAGCGAUACAUCAAGAACCACGAAGACCUAGGUGAGAUUCAGAAUAUCGAAAUCUUUGAAUGGGAUCAUCUUUGAAAUCCUGCAGGAGUGAUGGAGAAAACAUAAACCCAUGAUGGCUGGGUACCAGCCCCUUCAAUGAUGGUAUGAUCUUCCAGGAUGGGAACAGCUGCAAGGGCAUCAGUAGCUGCAAAUCCACUGUUUCAUUGGAGAGCUUGGUGGAUGGACCUUCUUGGGCAUACGACUAGAAGAAGCAAGCGAACAAUGGCAAUUCCAAGAUAAGCAUUUGUGACACUGCAUGCUGUUCAGGAUAUAUGCAGCCCUGUCACCUUUGCAAUAUGGGCUAAAGGCUUAGCCAGUCUGGGUGCUGUUCAAACCUAGUGCACUCUCUCAGCAAUGUCAAAGAGGGAACAGUGCUGGAGUUAAUCAACUAUUUACACUCUGUCACCAGCCAUGAUUCCAUAUUAGAUACCUUGAAUGCUGCUGGAAACACUCCCGCCAGCUUACACCUGGUGGGCAAAGGUCUCAGUGCCCUUCCAGCAGUGGCCAACUCAUGGGUCUCAGAUUUUGGUCCUCUGUGAAUGGCUGGGCUCAGAUCUAUGAAACCCAGUGUAAAGGUCAAGUCAUUUGCUUACACUUGCCAAAAGCUCUGUCAUUUUUAGAAGGGGAUGCAUUCCAGAUAUUUUGUCUGUGUAAUCCUCUGAUGAGAGUUUUUUUAAACUAUUUUCAAAUCUAUGUUAACCCUUAAAUCACUGACGGUUUUCUAUAAGGGGAAUUUAUACCGAUUGCAUUAUUUUCCUGUUUCUUUUUCAGUACACCAAAAAUAUAAAUUUAUUCAAGGUUUUCAGUUAUCCCACUGCAUUUCUUUCAUGCCUUCAUUCUGGUGCACAGUAAUACCAUUGAGGACAUACAGUGUAUUAUAAAUGAGAAAGAGAGGGAAUGCACUGUGUCUGUAUAAAAAUAACUACUAGUUGGAGACUUCUAGGACAACACAAAGAUUUACAUAAUAAUUUUUUCAUAAUACAUGUGACUCAGUGAAUAUACAUAUGGAGAGACCCUUUGUUUAUGCUCUCUCCAGUUUUUAAAGGUCUGUAUAUAUGAUAUGCAAUUUAGAACUUGAAGGGGUGGGAGCGUUCUUUAAUGUUAAAGAGAGCGAGUGAGUACAUGUGUGUGUAUGAGUGGGGAGGAGGUGGGAGAGAACAUCUCCAUCCCAAUCUGCAACUCUUAUUUACAAUUUUUAUUUGCAUGAGGGGUCCCUUUGAUUUCAAUGGAGCAGCUUGUGUGAGUAAAGGUUGCAGAAUCUGGCCUCCUCUGGGCCAGAUUUUGCCCUUAGAUUUGCAUACAGGGUUCCUGUGAAAGGGUGAUAUUUUAAAAUAUGAUCAGAUGUGGCCAACAUUGAGUACUCUUUAAAAUCCCACCUAGAUGUUUUGGGAGUUGCUAGCACAGACCUGGCAGGAGAAUUGGCUUAUAUGUGUGUG